CGUUGCCGAGGCAGCAGCCAUCCUCGCCGACGCCGAGUAUGCCGUCGCCCUGACCGGAGCCGGCCUCAUCGUGUGGAGAGCGGCAUACCGUCGUUUUCGCUGGGGCCGGACGGCCUGUGGACCAAGUACGGGCAGCCGAGCAAUUUGUCAUAUGGUGUGUUCUCCCGGGACCCGCAGGACUGGUGGGAGCAGAGGCUGAGCGAUGAGGACGCGGUGGACAACGCCGAGCCCAACCCCGGUCACGUUGCCAUCGCGCAACUGGAGGACGCGGGCAUCAUCAGGGCGGUGAUCACGCAGAACGUGGACGACCUGCACGGAAGAGCAGGCAGCCUCCACCUGCUGGAAAUCCAUGGCAACCGCAACUACCUACGCUGCAUCGGGUGCGGGUGGCGACGGCCACGGGCGGAGCACGCCAUCACCGACGUUCCACCGGUGUGCGUAGAAUGCGGCGGGAUCAUCAAGCUGGACACGGUGAUGUUCGGCGAACCAAUUCCGCGGGCGGUGCUGGAUGCCUGUUUCGCGGAGACGCAACGCUGCGACGCGAUGCUGCUGGUGGGAACGUCAGGGGCGGUGAACCCGGCCGCGCAACUGCCGUUGCUGGCCCGCGAGCGGGGCGCGUCGAUAAUCGAGGUCAACCCCGAGCCAACCCAGCUGACAGCGGCCGCGCACGUUGUAGUGACCGGACCGUCCGGUGAUAUGCUGCCGCGAAUCGUGCAGGCGCUUCGCUCCGGUGAAUAUCGGUCAAACUGA